UUUGAGAACGAGAUCAUCACCAAGCUGGAUCAUGAGGUGGAAGGCGGCCGAGGAGACGAACAAUACAAAAUCCUCUUCCAGAAGAUUCUGUUGGAGCACUGCAGGAAGCACAAGUAUCUGGCUAAGUCUGGCGAAACCUUCGUAACUCUGGUGGUCCGUCUGUUGGAGAGACUUCUGGACUACAGGACCAUAAUGCAUGACGAGAACAAGGAGAACCGCAUGAGCUGCACAGUUAACGUGCUGAAUUUCUACAAGGAGAUCGAGAGAGAAGAGAUGUACAUCAGGUACCUGUAUAAGCUGUGUGACCUGCAUAAGGAGUGUGAUAACUACACCGAGGCCGGAUACACACUACUGCUGCACGCUAAACUCCUCAAGUGGUCUGAAGAGGCCUGUGCCGCCCACCUGACGCAGAGAGAGGGUUACCAGGCGAGCACUCAGUGUCAACUCAAAGACCAGCUGUACCAGGAGAUCAUCAAUUACUUCGACAAGGGCAAGAUGUGGGAAGAGGCCAUUAUCCUGGGGAAGGAGUUAGCCGAACAGUACGAGAACGAGAUGUUUGACUUUGAGCAGCUGAGCGCUUUACUGAGGAAGCAGGCUCAGUUUUAUGAGAACAUCGUGAAAGUGAUCAGGCCGAAGCCGGACUACUUCGCUGUGGGUUAUUAUGGGCUGGGCUUCCCCUCGUUCCUGCGGAAUAAGAUGUUCAUCUAUCGAGGGAAGGAGUAUGAGCGGCGGGAGGACUUUGAGGCCAGACUGCUCACUCAGUUCCCCAACGCUGAGAAGAUGAAGACCACGACUCCUCCCAGCGAGGACAUCAGGAGCUCCUCUGGACAGUACAUUCAGUGUUUCACAGUGAAGCCCAUUCUAGAGCUGCCACCAAAGUUCCAGAACAAACCGGUGUCAGAGCAGAUCGUCAGCUUUUACACCGUCAAUGAAGUCCAGAAAUUCCAGUAUUCAAGGCCGGUCCGGAAGGGAGAGAAAGAUCCGGACAAUGAGUUCGCAAACAUGUGGAUUGAAAGGACGACUUUCGUAACCGCCUAUAAGCUUCCCGGCAUCCUGCGCUGGUUUGAAGUGCUGUCCGUCUCAGCGGAGGAAAUCAGUCCGCUGGAAAAUGCUAUGGAGACAAUGCAACUGACCAAUGAGAAAAUCAACAACAUGGUCCAGCGCCACUUAAGCGACCCCAGCCUUCCCAUCAACCCCCUCUCUAUGCUCCUCAAUGGCAUCGUGGACCCAGCUGUCAUGGGCGGCUUCACUAAUUAUGAGAAGGCAUUUUUCACUGAGAAAUACAUCCAGGAACAUCCAAAUGACCAGGAGAAGAUUGAAAAGCUAAAGGAUCUGAUUGCCUGGCAGAUCCCGAACCUGGCUGAAGGAGUUCGCAUCCACGGCGAGAAGGUGACGGAGGCUCUUCGUCCGUUUCACGAGCGUCUGGAGGCAUGUUUCAGACAGCUGAAAGAGAAGGUGGAGAAGCAGUACGGCGUCAGAACACUACCUCCCACGUCAGACGAGCGACGGGGCAGUCGUCCGCGGUCAAUGAUUCGCUCCUUCACCAUGCCGUCAUCUCAGAGACCGCUGUCUGUCGUGUCUGUGACCUCCAUAUCAUCAGACAACUCUCCCUCCAGACCGGGGUCAGACGGAUUUGCCCUGGAGCCUCUCUUACCAAAGAAGCUGCACUCCAAGUCUCAGGAUAAACUGGAUCGAGACGAACCUGAGAAAGACAGGAAGGAGAAGAAGAAAGAGAAGAGGAACAGCAAACACCAGGAGCUGUUUGAUAAGGAGCUGAAGACGGCUGAGAUCCCGCUGCAGCCCAGCGAGGCGGUCAUUCUGUCCGAGACCAUCAGUCCGUUGAGGCCGCAGAGGCCCAAGAGUCAGGUGAUCAACCUGCUGGGUGAGAAAAGGCUCUCUGUGUCUCCAGCAGCUCCUGCCAACCCGUCUGUGGCCAGCGUCCCACCUCCCAUCACGCCCCGGGCCAAACUGCACUUCAGCUUACUGUCUGGAUCCAAUCUGGAGCUGAAUGGGACGGGUUAUGUAAAUAAGGGCGAAACUCCGCCUCCACUUCCUGUCAAGAGCAGCAUGGGUGACUAUGGCAACCUGAUGGACAACUCAGACCUGGCCAGUCCGACCACGCCCCCUCCUCCACUGCCACACCAGCGGCACCUUCCGCCUCCGUUACCCAGUAAGACCCCUCCUCCCCCCCUCCAAAGACCACUCGAAAGCAGACCUCCAUUGAUUCGGGAAUUGUCCAAUAAUCCAGAAGACGGCAUUGUCAAACUGAGACAUCCGAUCGUGCCUCUUCCAAUGAUUUUCCGUCAACAUCCCUGACAGUAUGGCAUGAUGAAUACCUCACCUCGGCCCGCUCAAAACGGCUGAUGAUGGUCCAGUGCCCGAUCAGACCCCGGUGACAGUACACGGUCACCUCAGAGAUGCAGAGGAACCGGAGUCAGGGAGUUCUGCUGCAUGUUUAACUAAACCUCCACUUGAGAUGAAUCCAGGGUUUUCUCUCUUUAGGCAGGAGUGCACAUUAUCUUUGAGACACGUGACCAAUUCAAUCCAUUUUAGUGUCGCAUAAUUUCCUCUUUCUCUCAUUUUUAUAUGAUAUUUUUAUCCUCAAUAUAUACACAUUUAUGUACAGAGGUUUGUAUAUAUGAUUUUAUUUUAUUGUUUUCUUGAAAUUAAAUUUUAUCCUUUAAUUCACCAUUUAUAAAAAUUGGCAUUUUUAUCCAAAAAGGGCUUGAUUUUCAUUUAGUUUUUUUAAGAGCGGGACAGUAUAGAUAUUCUUCCAUGCAUCUUUUAUUGUUUUUAUAUUGUUGUUGUUGUUCAUUCUCAUUUGGAGUGAUAAAUGUCAUUGUACCUAUCAAGCAUAGAAACCACAUACAAGUAUAUCGAUAACAUUGACUGCUCCAAAUCCACUACUGACUUCUGAAUAAACUCAAUCUGUUUGUAAA